GUGGCUGCUGAACUACUGCCGAGUUGUUUACAGCUACAUAUGUUCAGAUAUCAAACCACGCUGAAACCUAGUUUAUAUAAGGAGCUCUACAGAUGUCUUGAACAUGGCAAAGGUUAUUCGGACAGCAGCUUUGGUUUUAUUCCUCUGGAGUGUUUUCAUGCAGUUCAGUCGCAUGUCAGGUCUUGGAGUCAAUGAACUCUUGUAUUUCCGAGUCAUCAGUCCAGAGGAGAUAGGUUACAUCUUCAGCGCAGCACCUGCUAAAGACUUUGGAGGAGACUUUACAUCAUCAUACGAUGAGAUUUUCCUGGUGCCAGCAGACCCAGCAGAUGGCUGUUCAGACCUGAAGGACAAAGAAAUCAUCCAGGGACAAGUCAUUCUAGUGGAGAGGGGAAGUUGCUCUUUUGUACAAAAGGCUCGAAAUGUGGAGGAAGCAGGUGGCAAAGCUGUUUUGAUUGCUGAUAACGUGGUGGACAAUGACAGUCAGUACCUUGAUAUGAUCACUGAUGGAAGCACGGCCAAACCAAGCAUACCUGCUUUAUUCCUGCUGGGACGUGAUGGGAUGAUGAUCAAACGGUCACUUCAAAGACAAGCACUGCCAUGGGCUGUCAUUUCCAUUCCUGUCAAUGUUUCCUCUUUGGCCUCCUUCCCCCUCAAGCAGCCCCCGUGGACAUUGUGGUAGAAUUGACGCACAACCUCAUCCAUUUCCUCAUAUCAAUGCAUAUUCUGUCAUUGGAAAAUAAACUCACAGCCUCACAGGGAAA